CUUGCCACCAUCAGCUCCUCUGUCGCGGGGAGCGCGGGGGGUUGUGGCCCUGUGGUGGGGCUUCCCUCCUAUAAAAAGCGUCAAGGUAGCGGUGCCGCCUGGGGUCGUGGUAGCCGUGGCCGCGGCAGAGGUCGCGGGGGCGGCGCGAGCCUCCUCGGUUCAGGCGUCGCCCCCGCGAAUUACAAUUCAGGACUGCAGGGCGUAGCGCCUGAGCUGCGAGAAGUGGUGAACAUUCUUGGGGAGAGGAACCAGGUUGGCACGCUGACGGGCGUGGGGCCACCGCCGGGAGCCUUGGACAGCGACGGCCAGGGGGACGAGGAGGAGGGCACCUCGACGAAAAGGCCGCCUAGGCCCCUCUACAGGAGGCUGAUCAAUUACGUUCGACAGGCGUGGACCGGAGUGAAAUUCGCUUUAGACUCGGAGUACGAGGAGGAACAAACGCCGAGAUACAGGCCCGACUCUUUGGCGAGUCUUUGUCGUGCCACCAGAUUCACAGAGGCAGAGUUGAAGAGAAUAUAUCGUGGCUUCAAGGCGGAAUGUCCCACGGGAGUCGUCAGAGAGGAAACUUUCAAGUGCAUCUAUUCACAAUUCUUUCCGCAAGGAGCCAAUACUAGCCAGUACGCGCAUUACGUUUUCAACACCUUGGACCAGGAUCAUAGCGGUAUUCUCAGUUUUGAGGACUUCGUUACUGGUCUCAGCAUACUGUCUCGUGGUUCCAUCGAUGAGAAACUGCGCUGGACAUUUUCUCUUUACGACAUCAAUGGCGACGGUUGCAUCACGAGGGAAGAAAUGACGGACAUCGUGACAGCUGUGUACGAGCUGAUGGGCAAAUUAAAUGAUGAAUGGAAAGAGGAUAUUGAAAGAUUAAAAAUUAUAUAUUUGCAAUUGUUGCAGAAGAUGGACGGGAACAAGGAUGGAGUGGUGACGCUCUCGGAAUUUCUGGAAGCAUGUCGUGCCGAUCCAGAUAUUUCCACGAGUAUGGCGGCUCUGGACACGGCCUUCUGACACUCGGCACGACCACGAUACAUGCCAUGGACCUGAAAACAUUCUGUCGAUUUGGAAAUAUAUGAAUAUGAAUCGCUCAACGUUGUACCUUACCUCCUGGACCAGAGGGGAAA